AUGCAACGGACAACAAGAAUCGGACUGCUCCAACUUGAGCCAACCUUCAAACAACCUGAGCUAUCAAUCCGACAAGCCGACAAUCUCAUCUCCUCAAUAGAACCUGACGAAAUCGAUUUGCUCAUCCUUCCAGAGAUGGCCUUCACCGGCUACAGUUUUCUCUCUUUUGAGGAUCUCGGGCCGUUUAUCGAGUCGGAGAUUGAUGGCAUAUCAAUAACGUGGGCUAAAAAGACAGCUCUAAAACUCAACUGCCAUAUAAUGAUUGGCUUCCCUCAACGAAUUUCAGAGCCAGGAGUGAGGCAGAUUUACAAUGCCUUGGGAAUAGUUUCCGAUCAGGGUGAGUUGAUAAAGGUUUAUCACAAGACUCAACUUUAUCCCCCAGUCGACGACAUCUGGGCUAGGCCCGGCGAAGGAUUCUUAGUCAUCGACCUGAACGUUGCAAGAUUGAACGGCAAGCCUGGUAACGCGGUCAGAUGUUGCAUUGGGAUUUGUAUGGAUUUAAGUCCCGAUCGAUUUGAAGCCCCAUUUGACGCAUACGAGCUCAGUAACUUUGCAGUCAAUCAUAAUGCCGAGAUGAUGAUAUGCUCCAUGGCGUGGCUAUCCUCAAGUCCGGUACCUGAUCCUCAUCAUACUGAAACUGGUAGGAGUUGGGAGGAAACCGGGGACACAAUGAAUUACUGGGCAAUGCGUUGUGCACCUUUUUGGAAAUUGAAAAAUAGAACGUUCGUUACUUGCAAUCGUGUCGGACAAGAACGCGACACAAUCUUUACCGGUACUUCUUGCGCGAUUUCAAAUUCACCAAUCUUAAAAAAGUCUUGUGCGGAUCACACCCUGACCAUAAUAGGUUAUGCUAGUAAACACAAUGCUCAACUAUUGAUUGUGAACAUACCCCUGCCUGAAAUUUAG